AAAGAAACCGGCUAAAAGAACUAAACACUGAAUUAGAAAAUGCAGGGCAGAAUCCUAGUGGAUGAGGCUGCUAGUAGUAUAGCAAGAAUGGUCCUUCUCUCUCCCCUUCUUCCCCUCCCAAGCCUCCAUUUCUUAAGAAACGAAGCGAGAACUUUGCAAAGCCAACGGAUUUGCAGGUUACAAGAGAAGUUGAUUGUGUGCUCUUCACCAUCUACGAAACCCAUUUCCAAAAAUGGGAUUUGGAGAAGGGAUUUACUUCUAUUUGGUCUCUCUUCAUCAGUAUCUUUGGUCUUCCCAUCUUCAGGAUCGCUGGCGGAGGAGGAUCUGAAAAUGGCUUCAAUGACUGAUGAUAUAAAUGCUUAUUCUUAUUUGUAUCCGGUGGAAUGGCCGUCUAAGAAAUUCCUUUUCAAAUGGGUGGAAUCCAGAAAGCCAGAACGUUAUUCAUCUGCUGCUCCACUAUCUCCUGAUGCUCGCCUGCGCAUAGUCUCUGAGCGUGUUGACAUCAUCGAUAACCUUAUCAUUUCUGUUUCGAUAGGUCCUCCAAAUCUUCAGAUCUUAAAAUCAAAGGAAAAAAGUUCAUGGAAGGCAAAAGAUGUUGUUGAUUCCGUUUUGGCUGAUAAGUCUGCAUUGCGAGUUACCUCAAGUCAACGCAUGGAGGAGAGCUCAGUUCUUGAUGCACAUGAUGAGGAAAUUGAUGGUGACUCAUACUGGUACUAUGAAUAUCUUGUUCGAAAAUCACCUAGCAAUCUUGCUCAGGAAGCAAAUCUUUAUCGACAUUAUGUUGCUUCAACUGCUGAACGGGAUGGUUAUCUUUAUUCUAUAAAUGCUUCAACUCUCAGCAAGCAAUGGGACAAGAUGGGGCCUUUUUUGGAAAGAACUGUAGCCUCUUUUCGCCUUCUACCUCCAACUGGUAACUAUGUUCCUCCAUACAAGGACCCAUGGAGAUUUUGGUGACAAAAUUCUUUUUUUUUUCUCUUUUUCUAUUUACUUCCUCUCUUCCUUUUUCCCCCAAAUAACAAUAGUGUAUUAAUAAUCUUUAAGUUAAAAUUUAGUUGAUUAUUGCAUCA